AUGCUUGCUCCAAGGACCCCACCUGAGAAGUUUGAUGGGAUCUCGUUGAGCUUUGCUGACCCUGAGUUUAGCAUCCUCGACUCCCGCGAGUUCUUUCUGUCGCCAUUGCCAGAUUGCACAAAAGCCCUCUCUGGUGUUGAGCUGCGCAAGGUGCCAAACUCCACUGCAGCUAAGCAGUUGCAGUUAAGCCAGCGAUUCCAAGUGAAACGGAUCAAGGAUGCAAUCGGCGCGGCCAGGAACCAAGAUGCAUCUUUCGUACGAGAUGAGUACAUGAAGUUGGUUGCUCCAAGCGGUUUGAGGGAAGCACCUGCUGUUGAAGUGCACAUGUUUCCGGAAAGUGCGAUGGACCCAUACUCAAACUGGUCGGUUCUGGUUGUCCCCAGAAGCCGUGAAAUAUUUGGCAACACGUUCUUUUUGUGUGACGCUUUUGCGACCAAUCGCUGCGUCGCCAAGCUGCCCUUCGAACCAUUGCCGUUUCAUCUUUCGCAUGCAUGGGGUGGUUGGGAUCCCUUAUUGGAUGCUUCGAGGUCCGUGCCUCAGAUUGAACUGGUUGCCGCCGAGUUCUUCUUGCUAAUCGGUCUUGGAGUCCUGUGCUGCAUAGUUGGUUGGACCGUUCUCAGACUGACAAAGUCCCUUUGCAAGAUCUGUUGCUCACCUGCCUUGCAAACCAUUGACAAGCUGUUGGAGCUACCUCUCCCACAAACAUAUCAGCUCAUCAGCCCUGCCAUAGUAUAUGCAGGAGCAGAGAGCCAGGAAAUUUUGCUCCCUGAGCCGUUAGAUCCCUACGAUGGGCAUCGUGAGGUAAUAGUUAUCGAGAUGAAGAAGUCCGUUUGGCAUGCCCGCACCUCUGCAUUUAGGCGUCUGCUGGGUAGCCUGGGAUAUUGCUUAUGGUCGAAGAUUCCAGAAGCUGUGCUGGGUCGUUUGCAGACUCCACCCGGCUGGAUCAUACUGUACGACGAAACAAGCAGAACAGCUGGAGUUCGUGGCGCUGGCAUCGCGGGACAAGCGCCAUUCAAAGCACAUGUGGACUUUCUCGUGCCUGUAGGCUCCGUGCUUCGUCGACAGCUGGUUCUUGCUGCGAGCCAUGCCUCAGCACAAUGGAAGCUUCUUUCCGACUUGGCUGGGCACUUACCCGUGUCCAGUGUCAUGGUAGCGGCGCUAAGCGGCUUCUUGAUGCAUUUGCUCGUUCUUCAGCAAAUUGACAGAAGUGUUUACUGGGCAGUGAACCAUGAUGAACUUUUGGAGGUGCAGCGGAAACGACUAAGCCCUUCUCCGAGCCAUGCUCCAUAUGUAUUCGCAGCGAUUGCUUCGACGCAAGCUGCUGUGAUUUUCACGACAUCCAGCACCAAAGCCUUAGAUCUCGUGCCUGGCUGCUCAACGCUGCUGGUUGCUGUGGGCGUGCACAUGUGGGACUUGCACGUGUCUAUCACGGGACUCAAGAAAUGGCUGCAACCACAGCGCACCAACGAGUUUGUGAAUGAGAGCGCUGUGUUGCCCAGGUUGUCACGACUCGAGGGCGUGAACCAAAGAGCAGAGUGUCACUUCCUCACUUCAAGCAUUUUAUCUUGGGCAAUGGCCACUGUUUCUUGGGUUGUUUUGGCCUACAUGACCUUGGAUGGAAUGCGAAUGCAGGGAGUUCUUGUCGAUUACUCCUUCAGCCAGGGCUACCUCCUGUACGAAGCAGAGGCCGCCACCCUUCAGAACACGCUAUUGUUGCACAGCAGCUCGGAUUCUAUGACGUUUGCAUUUCAGAUCGGAGAGUACACCUCGCGUUUGAGCCUGGAGUACCAGCACCCGCAAUUAUUGGGAAGUCAACAGGAGGUCCUGCUGUAUUCCAACACACAAACAGGAGCUGCAACGAUGACUUCGUCAGUGAAAGCCGGAGAGUACGAAGUGUUUCUUCCUAAGGGCCCUCUUUAUAGUCGCAUUAUUCUUCGGGCAGCGAGCACGCUGCGAAUCAAAGACACGGUGCCGCCCGGCGCAGAUGAUUCGUUUUCGAUAGUAGAGAAAGCCAAGCUUUACGGCAGUAUGUAUGCUUGUAAUGACCCGACGGCAAACCGAAGGUAUGUGAUUCAUCUUGUGCGAAUUGGGGAGACGGUUACAGUCACUUUGAAUGGCACUGCUGAUGUUGACGAGUCUUCAGACCUCAACCUUACCGUACCGUUUCAUGAGAAGCGCCGCUGGAGUUACCUGGAGCAGCACGUCGACUGGCAUGUGCCGGAGCUGCGGGGAAAUCUGAAUCUGUACGUUGAGCUUCGGCCCAUCUGUUUUGCGCCCCUUGUCGGUGUUGCUCCAUGGAAGGUGACAAAGUAUGACUUGGCCCGAGUGGCGCCUUCGUGUGAUUGCGGCUCGGAGAUGCCUGGCUUUGGCAAUGAAUGCCUUCAUCAGGAGGUCCUUACAUUGCCAGGAUCGGAGGCUUGCGUCUUCUUGCGCAGUGAGCGCCCUGCAAGGGGACGUCUCAGGCUGGACGACAGCGAAGGCAGCUUGUCUGGCAGGGGCUCGGAUCUGGCGCAAUGGUUGCGAGAUGUGAGCAUUAGCGGCAAAUCUGUGGUUCUUCUAGUUUCUGCCGAUGGUUCUGACUCCAGUUCAAUAUCUUGGAGGCCUCUCAUAGCCCAAAAUGCGACAGAUGAGAAGGAGAUUUCGAACUUGUUUCGACUCUCUGUGCCUGUGAAGUCCUUGUUGAUGAAGAGCACACAGCUGCUAGUGGCUGCAACGCAAGACCCUACCGAUGCUCAUGAGUCUGCCUUGCCACUCCGAAUUGUGCCUCACCCGCCUCCCGUCUAUCUGAGUACACCAGACGGAGAUGCUAAUGCCUUCAUGCUUCCAGAGUUCAGCGCAAACAAUAUGCGAACGGAAUACACAGCCUGCUCGUUGAGCAGUGAGCAAGUAACGGACCACGUCCUGGAUUCUCGCUUUGAGGUUCACGAUAUGCUAGUCCACUUGGGCGAGGACUGCCUACGCGAUGAAGUCAAACACAAGCGCUUCUGGGUAGUUCGUAAGAAAACAGAUGCUUGCAGCGAAUGUGCAAGCUACCGGUACCCUUGGUGGAAUGGCAUUUACGACAUAGCAGUGACGAGUUCGAUCGUGAGAUGCAUGAGAGAAGCGUUGGACUUCGAUGACAACGAUGCUUUAAAUCGCACAGUGGAGAAUUUGACAGUGCUAACCAGGGAAACCAUGCGUGUGGAGAACCAGUGCAACAUCUUGCAAGUCGCGAUUCGAUUACAACGCCAUACAAUGUUGGACUUAUUGCUCAAAUACUUAAACCCAUCCUGUCCACGCAGCGAGCAAACACCAUUAGGCGUUGCAGCCGCAGAGGGAAAUACGGCAGUGAUGGAGUCGCUCAUCGCACACCGUGCGGAGGUCAACGUGGUGGACCACCUCGACCAGAGUGCAUUAGUCUAUGCCCUCCGCAGCUGCAACGCUCCUGCAGUGGAUCUGCUCAUGAAGGCGAAAGCCGAUGUGAAUCAACACAUGCAGAACAGUCUUAUCAAGAACCUCGUGCAGAAUCACGGCGCGGCUCUGAAUAUCCAGGACAGGCUUUGCAUGAAGGAGACCGCCCUGGUGAAGGUAGUAGCGUCGGGCAACUUGUUUGCCUUGCCGCAACUUCUGAAGCUGGGAGCACCAGCCAACGAAGCAGGCAACAACGGACACGGACAGCUUGUCCUUCCACUUCCGGCGCUUGUGCUGAAGCUACCUGGAUGCAGGUUCAUGGAGCGGCACCAUAAGAUGAGCUGGAUGGAGUUGAACGCGACAGCAAACCUUUUAAUCCAGUGCAAGGCUGACAUUGACAAGUCUUUCCCUGACGCAGCGGAGCAGUGUCGCGUUGACCUUGUGCAGCUUCUUCUGGAGCUGGGGUUCCUCUUGCCCUCUCCGGGGCCGGAGAUGGCCGCUGAAGGGGAGGAGGACGGCGAGGCGGUGGGCAUUCGAGAUUGCCUGCUGGACCUGGGCGACGCUAUCGAUCCUUUUGCUUUGUCGGUGGGGAUCGAUGCCUUGGCCGUGCCGCAUGCUGUCUGGAACAAGGCUAUAGCACGCCGUCGUCUGCCGAAGGACGCCUUGGUUCGGGCUGCCAACGUGGAAGUGGCCGCUCGUGGAGACCCGGCCACUCAAGCUCAUCCCACACUCAAGGUGAAGGUGUGGAUCGGCUAUCUGGCUUCCGACCUCGAGGCAGGAUGGUCGGCCGGCGGUGGGGAGGAAGCUCAGUAUCCCUUUCGCGUUGCCGGAAGCCCGGGAACUUCAGCGCUGCCUUUCUUUGGAGCUCUUCAGCAAGUCGCUCAAGAGCAGUUUGGCUACGAGACGGGGAAUUCCGGACCUGGAGCAGUCGCCGAAGAUGGCGAUCCUUUGGAAGGUCGAGUUGGCGCCAUCGAGCAGGCGCUCGGUUCUGUGCAGCGUGGGUUGGAAAAGUUGCUUCAACAAAGGGCAGCCGACACCACGUCACCUCCGCCUUCUGCACCGGCGAUGGACGGCAGGCUGCUCCUCGACGAACGGGGAGCCGACGAGGGCUUACAGCUUCCCCCGAUGGAGCGAGCCGUCUUGGAGAUGGGUGCUGUGCUGCAGCGGCUUGCCAAACGGGAGGACAGGCCGAAGACCGACUUGGAGGACAUCCUCGACCGCGCCGACGGAUUGGGCUCGGGCUCGGCAGACGCUUUUGGCUCGGGCGGCACAGCUCGCUCCAAUGCCGCCGCCUACUUGAGGUUGUGUCGCCUGCUUCGAGAAGAGCCGGAGAGGAUCGUGGAGUCUAUCAGCCGGCUGGUGGAGGAGGACUUCACGGGAUUGAGGUCUGCUCCAGGCGCUUCGCAGCAGACCGCAACGAUGCGGGCGGGGGUGGAGCACAGAUCUCACUUGCCAGCGUUGGCUGGCCGUUCGGUGGUCCUGGGCCGUGGCCGGGAUAGCGGACAGCUUGGCGGAAGCGAGCUGCUGUUCGAACAGGCAGCGCCACUGCAGUCCUUCUCCCGUCACCGCGCCCCCGAAGCGCACGAGCAGCAGCACACAAAGAUAUUAGAUCCGAGGCGGAUCAGCGUCGCCCUGAGCCGGCUGAAAGAAAGAGAGGCGUUCAUGGAGGUUCGCCGAAAACUGGGAGGCGGGUCUGGGCGGCCAAGUGGUGGUGCCUCGGGUGGAGCAGCCGAGGCCGGCGAGAAGGAGAAGGUGAUCGUGAAGCCUCCGGGCUCCGAUCACAAAACCGAGCCGUGGGCUGCAGCCGCCUGUGCCUCUGCUCGCAAUCCCCCUGCUUUUCCUGUGUCGGGGUCCUCGCCGUCGAUGGCCCCGGAGCCGAGCAUCGAGAUGGCUCAAGCCGUGACCGGUGCUUCUGCUCGCAAUCCCGCUUCUUUUCCUGCGACUGGGUCCUUUGAGUUGCCCAUAGGGGAGGUAUCAGACGUAGCGUCUCUGAAUGCUCUCGGUCGCAGCUCUAGUUCGCCUUCUGGCGCCCACGUUCUUUGCACCACGAGGCAGCAUGAGUCUGCCCACUUUUCCGAAGCCUCUUUAGGUCCGGGAUUUAGUUCGGGUCUGGAAAUAGGACAGGGUUCGGCUGAGCCUUUGGAGCCAGGCGAGCCCCUUGUGUCCCAUGCGACUGGUGGUCAGUCCUCCGGCCCUGCUGCCGCCCCGGGCUCAGGCGCUUCAACCUUCAAGCCGGCCGAUUUGUGGCACGACUUUUUCUCCUGUCUGGGUUCAGCAAGCACAAGCUUUUCGACCUUUUGGCACUCCCUCGACCAAAUCGAGGGCCCUUGGGGCGCGUAUGGCCCAUGCCCGUGCCCUUUCCUUCCUUCCCUGCACCGUGCCAAGGCUAAGCGCCAGCAGCCUGAUGCAGCUCGCAAGCUCGGCCUCAACGCCUUAGUGCUUGCUCUUUCCUGGCUGAGUUUGGGAUGCCCUGCCGUUGCCCCUCCUUAUUUGGGUUUAGGCGGUGCUCUCAGCCGGGGGCAGUGGGCCACUGUGAAGCGCCUGUCGGUUAACGUGUCAGCCUGGAACGCCGCUCCGCCGGUUGACUGGACCGCUAUGGGGCGCAGUGCGGCCAAGGUGGAAUCCACCAAAGGAGGGUUUGCGGGAGCUUGCCCGACACACCAGCACGAACCUCGAACUUGGAGGGACCCGGUGCUUUGGAGCCGAAUCGGCCAAGUCGCUUAUGCCCCUUGCCUUGAGUGUGGACCCCAGCCGCAUUUCCUUCACGGGGUUCCUACUUUUGAUCCGCGGCCUGUCUUAGGCCCCACCAAUCGGCUUGCUUUCGAGCGUCCCUUGACUUGGGCAGCCUCCGAUAAGCCCCUUAAGCCCGUCCCUUCUGUGAAGCUGCAUUGCAAACGUGAGCAGCUGCGGGGUUUCCUGGAACUCCUCGACUCCGGGGACAGGUUGGAGCUCUUCCCUUUGCGGUGCGUUGACUACAGCAAGGCCUGCGGAGUGUUCGCUGUGGCUAAGGAUAGUGACCGAGACCGGUUGGUGCUUGAGGAGUGGUUGGUGCCUGGACUUCGGACGGUCGCUAUGGGCGACACGGCAGCUGUGGGCUUGGCCCAAUCCGAAAGGGUUGGCAUCAUCAAUGGUGUGCGUUCGGCAUACAAGACCGUAGGCCUGCCUCGGCACGAGAAGAAGGCGGUGGAAGGUGCUUGCGAAGGCGAGUUUUGGGGCUGUGCCUUUGAUGGCCGAAGCGGCCGAGCUCGGCCCAGUCCUAAGCGAGCCGUGCCCUUUGGUUUCCUGGUGCUUCAGCUGGUCACUGUGGGGCAGACUUCGGCUGAGCUGCUGGAUUCGCUGGUCGGGGGUCUGGUGUCUUGUUUCCAGUACCGCCGCCGUCUUCUUUGCCUGCUGCAGCACGUCUACUCGGAUCCUCGCCCGAAAGACCGGUCGGCACCCUUUCCUUUGAGUGCUGCGGCGAAGGGGGAACUACUCGCCUCGGUGGCCUUGCUGCCCCAGUGCGACAUAGACUUGAGGGCCCGUCCUGCUCCCUUCGUGAUCGCCGCGGACGCCUCUAUGGAAGCCGAGGCCGGUGUGAUUUGCCCCGUCCCGGCAGCUGCGUCGCAAGAGCUGUAUCGCCAUUCUCUUUCCAAAGGGCUCUGGAACAAGUUGCUGUCAGCUGUUGCUGCCUAUCGUUGCGAACACGGCGACUUGGAUAGCUCUGAUGAACUGCCCGGGUUUGGGGAACAAUAUGCUUCCCACCCCCUGUGGGAUGAGCUUGCCUUGAGCCAGCCCUUUGGAGCCUUCGGCAGGAUUGUGCGGGUCCAGCAGCGGAGACACAUCAACAUUGGUGAAAUGCGGGCGGCGAUCCGUGCCGAGAGUCGCCUCGCCAGGCUCCACCAUGACAUUCGCUAUGUUCACUUGCAGGAUAGUCAAGUGUCGCUCGCUGCGAUGACGAAGGGCCGCAGCUCCUCCAAGGCUCUGAAUUGUGAACUUCAGCGGAACGCACCCCUGCGGCCUCCUAGCCGAGCGGGCUCACGGUGGUUUUUGGACUUCCUCGCGGGCGAUCUGUGCGCACUGGUUUCAGCUCCCGCCCUGCGAACCAGUCAGCACAUUCCCGUCGACCGCGCCGUGCUCUUCUGCGGGUUGGAGGCGAGCAACGAGGCGAGCGACUGGGCCCUGGACGUUUCGAGAACUUGCGCUUCGAGCGGCAGCGCAGUGCUUGUCGAGCACCCUCGCAACAGCAUGCUGUGGAAGCUUAGCGGUUGGGCUGCACUGCGUGCGGCCGCGGGGUGGAAAGCUGAGGCACUGGAUAUGUGCCGUUUCGGCUCUCCUGCUCGAAAGUCUACUCGGGUCCUCACCUUCGGGAUCGAGGAGAUGGGCGAGGCUGCAGUGCCAGGACCUCGGCGUACACGUUUUCGAGUUCCUCAGGAGCUGGCUGCUGUUUCGCUGGUUGAACCUGCCACGGUGGCUUUGAGGACCCGGUAUUGGACCGCGUUCUCUGAGUGGAUCGACGCUGCUGCAGGUGAUGGAGCCUCUUGUCUGGUGGUGCGCGUGCCUCAACUGCUGGUGAAGUUGUUGGUUGCUUUUUCGCAACACCUCUACGACGCCGGCACACCUUUAACGUACUACAGGCAGUUGGUCGCUCACGUGCAGCGGGAAGUACCCGGCAGCCGCCCCUGGAUUCGAGACGCGUGGGAGUUCGUGAGCCGUUGGGAGCUCCUGGAGCCACUGCAGCACCGCCCUCCUCUUCCAGAACCGCUACUCCAUGCGAUGUGUUCUGUCGCAGUGCUGUGGGGAUGGAAGCGAUGGGCCGCCACUACGUUGGGAGCUUUUUACGCAAUCUGCAGGCCAGGAGAGUUUGUGCGAGCGAUGCGGGACCAGUUGCUGACCUCAGCUGACCUUUUGGAGACUGGGCAAGAGUUCUUUUUGAGGAUUCCGGAACCAAAAACUCGUCGAAGGGGCGCUCGAGUGCAACAUGCUCGGAUCAAGGCGCCUGAGUUUAUCCUGAAAUUCUUGGGCAAAGUCUUCCAGCCUCUCGCUGGCUCUUGUGCGCUUUAUCCUGGGUCUCCGAAUAUGUAUCGGAGGCGCUGGGAUUCCUUGCUCAAGGCCCUGCUUGUGGAGCCCACUCACCGUUUGACUCCAGGGUCUCUUCGCGGAGGUGGAGCUGUUCGUGCUUUUCGGGGCGGCGAGCCCCUCUCCGAAGUUCAGUGGAGAAUGCGACUGCGACACCAGGAGACGCUUGGGUACUACUUACAGGAGGUCACGGCCCUGUCAGUGCUGCCUUCGCUCAGCUCACCCUCGCGAAACCUGGUACAAGGUGCUGCCGCGGCCUUUCCCUUUGUCCUAGAAGCCUCUUAG